AUGAUACGUGUGGACGGCGAUGUUCGACGUAUUAACCUGCCGCCGCUUGAGCACAAUGAAGUGCAUGGUCUGAUCUACGAGAUCAUGAAUGACAAGCAGCGCAAGGACUUCGAAGAAUUCUUAGAAACUGACUUUUCAUUUGAAGUACCCGGUGUCGCUCGUUUCAGGGUGAACGCCUUUAAUCAGAAUCGUGGUGCAGGCGCGGUUUUCAGAACCAUUCCUUCCAAGGUCCUGACCAUGGAAGAUCUGGGUAUGGGCCAGGUAUUUAAAGAUGUAUCGAUGGUACCGCGUGGCUUGGUCCUGGUUACCGGACCGACAGGCUCAGGUAAAAGUACAACGCUUGCCGCGAUGAUCGACUAUAUCAACGAUAAUCGGUAUGACCAUAUUCUCACCAUCGAAGACCCCAUAGAAUUUGUGCACGAGUCGAAGAAGUGCCUGCUCAAUCAGCGUGAAGUGCAUCGUGACACCCACGGCUUUAAUGAGGCGUUACGUUCCGCCCUGCGGGAAGAUCCGGAUAUUAUCCUGGUUGGCGAAUUGCGUGACCUCGAAACUAUCCGCCUGGCGCUGACCGCUGCAGAAACGGGUCACCUGGUAUUUGGCACGUUGCACACCACGUCUGCGGCAAAGACCAUUGACCGAAUUAUCGACGUCUUUCCGGCUGAAGAGAAAGACAUGGUGCGUUCAAUGCUCUCAGAAUCCCUUAACGCAGUUGUUUCUCAGACCCUGCUCAAGAAAGUUAACGGUGGGCGGGUGGCUGCACAUGAAAUUAUGAUUGGCACCCCUGCCAUUCGGAACCUGGUUCGCGAAGGCAAGGUGGCGCAAAUGUAUUCUGCAAUACAGACCAGCGCCGGCGUGGGCAUGCAGACUCUGGAUCAAUGUCUGUCAGAGCUGGUACAGAAACGCGUGAUCACCCGAGAUACUGCAAAAGAAAAAGCCAAGAUCCCGGAAAACUUUUAG